AUGUCUGAAUCAACUGCAGCUGAAACGCAUCCCAACGUUCCUCCUCACUUCUGGAAGCCAUGCGUCCUUCUGAUCGACGACGGAUUUUUUGGUUGCAAAGGCUUGGGGCUACCAUCCGACAUCGCCACGACUCUUCAAGUCCAUAGGGAGAAGCAUAAAUCGUCUUGGAUAGGCUUCACAAUUCAAGUCCCAUUCGGAGCCAACAGUGAAGAUGAUGGUUUCGGCAUGUGCCAUGAGCGGAAACGGAGCCCUCCAUCGACUACCGCUGCCCAAGAGUACAAGUUGACGGUUGAGUUCCCGAUGGGCUCUGACUACUUCAUUCGAAGUGUCGAACAGAAUGUGUAUCUGAGAGAGGGCACGCGCGUGACGGUGAAGGGAUAUGGCAAGCCAUUUGACAAUCCUGAUCACCCAAGUCAUGGAUGGAUCAACCACAAUAUACCGAUCGUCGGACAUAUGACGCUCAUCGACAUUAUCGGGCAGCGAAAUUUCCCUUUUGUUGUUGACACGCCUUCCAACGCUGUAGGGAUGCACUGGUCUCAAGAGCUUCCAGGGCCGUUCAGGUAUCCCUACGGCAACGAACACUCCUGCCAUUGCGAGUGUCCUCACCAGGACUCUGUUGGAGACCAGCCAAGAGAUCCCGGAUUUCUUGCGGCCUUACCAUCAAAGUCAAAUUCGAAACUGAGUCUCAAUUCGAACCCGAGUGAUGUCGCCGGUGCUGGCGAUGCUGAGGGAGGAGGCGGCUGGGGAGCAGAUCCCAAGGAGCAACUGGUAAUAACUCCAGCUACUCCAGCUACUCCAGCUACUCCAGCUACUCCAGCUACUCCAGCUACUCCAGCUACUCCAGCUACUCCAGCUACUCCAGCUACUCCAGCUACUCCAGCUACUCCAGCUACUCCAACUACUCCAGCUACUCCAGCUACUCCAGAACCUGGAGGAAAACAAGCUUGUGGUGAGCUUUGCAACCAGCUCCGAGGAAACUCAUCGCAGCAGCUUCUGGAAUCCCAAACAGCACAAUUGGGUGCUAGAACAGGUGAAGUACCUUUUGGAAGAUGCAAAGUUCCAAAACGUCUCUGGGACCCCUGA